GCAGCAGCAGCAGCAGCAGGAUGUUGGGGCAGCAGCAGCAGCAGCUCCAGCAGCUCCAGCAGUUCCAGCAGUUCCAGCAGCCGCAGCAGCCGCCGCAGCCGCACCUCUACCCGUCGGCCGCGCUGCUGAGCGGGGAGCGCAGCCGGCUGCUCAGCUGCUACGUGCAGGACUACCUCGAGUGCGUCGAGUCGCUGCCCCACGACAUGCAGAGGAACGUGUCGGUGCUGCGGGAGCUGGACAACAAAUAUCAGGAAACAUUGAAGGAAAUUGAUGACGUCUAUGAAAAAUAUAAGAAAGAAGAUGAUUCACAGCAGAAAAAACGCCUGCAGCAGCUCCUGCAACGGGCACUCAUCAACAGCCAGGAACUGGGGGACGAGAAGAUCCAGAUCGUCACGCAGAUGCUGGAGCUGGUGGAGAACCGGGCGCGGCAGAUGGAGCUGCACUCGCAGUGUUUCCAGGACCCGGCUGAAGGCGAGCAGGCCUCCGACAGGGCCAAGCUGGAUUCAGGCCCGCCAGAGAGGUCUUCGCGGAGACCCCGGAGGCAGCGCACCAGCGAGAGCCGAGACCUGGGCCACAUGGCCAAUGGCCUGGACGACUACGAUGAGCAGCCGCCCAAGGAGAAGAAGCCCAAGUCGGCCAAGAAGAAGAAGCGCUCCAAGGCCAAGCAGGAGCGCGAGGCUUCACCUGUGGAGUUCGCCAUUGACCCCAACGAGCCCACGUACUGUCUAUGCAACCAAGUGUCUUACGGGGAAAUGAUCGGCUGCGACAACGAACAGUGUCCCAUCGAGUGGUUCCACUUCUCGUGUGUGUCACUCACCUACAAACCCAAGGGGAGGUGGUACUGCCCCAAGUGCAGGGGAGAUAACGAGAAAACCAUGGACAGAAGCACGGAAAAGACGAGAAAGGAGAGGAGAGCGAGGUAGUGAGGCCGUUGCCGUCCCUCAGGCGAAGGGGGCCCUUGUCUUUUAUAGAACUCUUUCAGAAUUUGCUUUCUGGAGAUGUUUUAGGGUAAAGCGCAUAAGACUAUGCAAUAAUUUUUAAUCAUUAGUAUUAACAGUGUAUUAAAAGUUGUUGUACUUUG